UGUCCCAAGAGAUUCUUAUUAUUUUUGUUAAUAUACCGAGCGCGCUUUGCGCAUUACUUUUAAAUCCAUAUUUAAAAUAACUAUCAACUAUCAGCUGUUACGGCAUACUACCGAUACUCAGCACCGACAUGUCGCUAUUCGUGGAAUUUGUGUUUCCUUUUGAAUUCUUCAACCCGAAUAUUUGUCACAUUUGCAAGACGCCAUGGGACCUUAAUAAGAAUUUCAUAACGUGUAAUCAGUGCCAUAUGAUUUCUUACUGCAACAGUGAUCACGAAUUAAUGCACAACGAGCGUCAUAUGCAGAUUUGUGAAGCUAUGCGAAACGUUUCGAUCAGUCACCCACAACUUUGGUCCAUUUCUGGGAUAAACUUGGAGGAAUGGGUACAGACGAGAAAACAGCUUGUGCGUUUAAUCCAGUUCGAGUUGCAACGUGACCUACAACCAUUUGAAGUGCAAAUGAUUACAUUAGCAAAAUCGUGCAUUAUUUGUUAUCGACAGGAUAAUCUUCUCCAUUGCCUGAAGUGCUAUUCCGUUAAUUAUUGCUAUGAUCAUCAAAACUUAUUGGCCGACCAUUAUCGUUUUAAUUGCAGGAAUUUGGAAUUAUCUUUUCGAGUAAAUAUAGAGUUGAAUUUAUCUCCAAUAAUAAUAGAUAAAUUCACAGAGUUUCCCGAUGAGAAUAAAUUUAUUGAUGACAUGUAUGCAUUUAUUAGCGAAUUUGUGAGUACAAAAUACAAACUUUUGUUUGGUCCUUUUUCCACUUCCUUGUUUUAUAUAAGUUUUUUUUAUUCUGAUUUCGUAUCAGGACCGUUGACAUUAUAUUACGGAAUACGGAAAAUAAAUAGAUUAGAUUGUAUCUAUAAAUCAGAUUCAUGUUUUGUUAUUCAUAUAAUAAACGCAAACUUAUUUGAUAGAAAAUACUUACCAGCUUGGGAACUUAUUCUGCAUCUUUUGCCUAACAUAAAAGAAUUGAAAAUUAUUCUGAUAGGGCCAAUAUUACGUACUGAAAGUGGAGAUCUCAUGGUUUGUAAUAUAAGAUGUAUCCAACAAUAUCUUAACUUCGAAACUCAUCGAAUGUUAUAUCACAAUUAUGUAGAUAGCGAGUGUUAUAAGCAACCAAAUGUAAUUAUUGGAUUUCAAGCAGAUCUUAGUAAUUGGGAAACGUUACCGGAAACGAUUUUAAAAAUAAAAUGUCAAGAAUGCCCGUUCCUUUUAACUUCUAAAUCAAAAGAUACAGUCGAUCAGAAUGUAAAUAAAAUCAAGGAAAUCCUAAAGUCACCUAUAUGUGAUGUUCUAUAUCUUACAUACAACGGCAAAAAUAAAUUUAGUUCGUAUAGACCAUAUAGAGAUUAUGAAAAUGGUAGUGUGUCUUAUCUUAAUAAGUAUUUAACUGUUUAUAAAAGAUUGUAAUAAUAAUAAGUUAUAGAAUAUUUUUAUAGUUCUCAAAGAAUUUCUAAAUUUCCGUAUACGUCUGUAAUAUUAUUUUAAUAACACUAUUGUAAACAGAAUUAUAGAUAGAUUGUUAGACGAUAUAUAUUGUUUUAAUAAAUUGACAAUUCGUGUAACGAAGUAUCUAAAAAAAAAUUUUUCUUUUUUAAAAGUUAUGUCUGUAAAAGGAAAUGUUUAUAAAGAACGUUUUUAAAAUUGGACUUGCAUUUGUGUUUCGACGACAUUUGUGCAUAAAAAUUUCAGGCUAGGAUAUAUAAGAUUUAUAAAAUAAUACUAAUGCCAUGGAAUUACUAUUUUAAAAAUAUACAUGUAUGAACAUAUUUCAAGAAAACAUAUUAACAUAUGAUAAAAUUGUAAAAGAUAUUGUAAAGGUUAAAUCAAAAUGUGCACGCGAAUAUAAGUACCUAUUUUAAUUUGACAAUAUUGCAUAUAUAUUAGUUGCGUAAUAAACAGAAACUCUAUGUAGUCAGCAAAUAGAUCAUGCUAAUGUACAAAUAAUAAUCUGUUAAAUAUAAUAAAAUACAAAUCACAUUUAUAAGAUGA